GGGUGAGUGAAUCCGUGCCCGGCAGCUGGAGAGACCGACUGACCAAUCCAGCACCAAGUUCUGGAACGAUACCUUAAACACUGCGGUUUUUAGGGUCCCAUAUUGCACAUGCAGAGCAGGAUGUUCCUGGUCGGCCUGUCAGGUGGAAUUGCUUCAGGAAAAAGCACGGUAGUGGCAGUAUUCCGGGAACUGGGCUGUGCAGUGAUUGAUGCUGAUGUUAUUGCCAGACAGGUGGUUCAGCCCCACUUCUUGGCCUAUCAGCAGAUAGUGCAUUACUUUGGAACUGAAAUCCUUUUGGAGAGCGGGGAGAUAAACCGCGAGGCUCUGGGAAACAUUAUCUUCUCCCACCCGGAAAAACGACAGGUGCUGAACUCCAUCACUCAUCCUGAGAUCCAGAAGGAGAUGUUGAAACAGAUCUUUAAAUAUUUUGUACUAGGCUACCGUUAUGUGAUCCUGGACAUCCCUCUUCUCUUUGAGACCAACAAGCUAACCAAGUUCAUGAAACACACCAUCCUGGUUUACUGUGAUCCGCAGACCCAGCUGUCGCGGUUGAUGAAGAGGAAUGGCCUGUCCCAGUCCGAGGCAGAGGCACGCAUUGCCUCCCAGCUGCCUCUGGAUGAGAAGCGCAAAUUAGCCACUCACGUGAUUGACAACUCCAGGGACUGGGAGAGCACAUGGAGGCACGUGCUGAAGCUACACGGGCAGCUAGAGGACUCUCUGGAUUUUUUGCUGGUGCGCCUGGCUGCGGUCACGGCACUCGCUGGAAUAGGGGGGGCCGUGUGCUUCCUCCUCCGGCAUUUUGUCUCUUAAUUCACGUUUUUCUAGCUUUUGCCUUUUAAGGGGCCAAAACUCUGCCUGGAAUUUCCAAGUUUGAAAAGGGCAGUGAAAAGCCAGGAGUUUUAAUGAGCUUUGCUGUCUGAAUACAGACGAUGAGAUGAGGAGUCUCCUUGCAAAUUUCUCAAGGUGAAGCGUGGGUUCCUCACCCAGGCGCCUACUCAUAGCUUCUCUCUUUGCACUUUAUAGUCAUGUUAGCAAUAAUCAGCACCUUCUGAUAGGAGGGUUGGGUGGACUCGGUAGAGGGCCCCAGGCGUCCAGAUGGGAAGUCACUACAGUGUAAGGAUGAAGUGUCCAAACCCUGUUCUAUGUCACCAUGUCAGAGUGCUGGACCACAUAACAGAAGGAGUCCGUCCAUCUAGUAACUCACCCGGUUGAAUCAGGUCACCUUUGGGUCUCGCAGGACAGUCUGAUCUGUAAGUGGGAAUUUCAGCUGUUGUUUAUGUUCAGCUCCUUCUCAGAAGCCUCAGCUCAGCACCUCCUUGGAUCUGUCCCUUAACCCACACUUUCUCUGUGGACAAGUCAUUUCACCUGCCUGUGUCCUCGUCAGGAGACUUGAUGAAUGUCUGUGAAGUGCCUUAAUAUCUAUCACUGCAGGGCAGGUGGUGGGGUAAAACUUGUGUGGCCUGCCUUGUUA